AUGGUCACGCCGCCCUGCGUGCAGUGGCUUCUUUGGGCCACGCUGGCCAGUGCCGAAGAGGCAUACUUGCGGGACUGCCACAGGCUCAUGGAAAGCCAGCUCAGAGAAAGCCACAUCCAGCCGGCCUGUCAUCAGAAGGUCGCAGGCAUCUACUGCUCCCGGCUGCUGGAGGUGGAGAGACCUCGACCGCUGGCUGGGAACUGUCCACUGGAUCCAUUACGGAUGGCAUCACCGAACCACGCAGUAGAGGGCGACGUCCCACCUACGGCUGGUAUGCAGCACCGCAACUUGCAAGAAAUCGCUUUCGGGGUGCUGGUCCUCGCUGCCUACGAAGCUCAGCUUGGGCUUGUCCAGCGACUUCUUACUUCCCUCUGGCGGCGAACUCAUACCUUCCUGGUCCACGUCGACCUGAAGUCGGAGCAACUGGAGCGGAAGCUUCGAGACUGGUCCGCUUCAGAUCCAAAGCUCGCCAAUGUCCAUGUGGAGCGUGCUGUGGGGGUUCGCCGCUCUGGGGCCUCCCUGUUGGCAGCCGAGCUGUAUGGGCUGAAGAGGCUGCUGAGCCUUUCCAAGACCUGGCACUACUUCAUGACCCUGUCGGACAGUGAUCAGAUGGUCCGGCCCGCAGACUACUUGCAACGUGUCCUGGGCCUGCACUGGGGCAGAAGCUUUAUCAACACGGAGGUGAGGUGCUCGACGUGA